GGACUGAAUGGCAAAAUUGAAAACCUGAAGAAUGAGUUUGGGACAGUUAAGCACGAAUUAAAGGAAAUUCACAUAGAGUUGAAGGAAUCGCGUUCGAUGAGGGAAGAAAUAACAGAGAUUAAGGAUAUAUUAGCAGUGCUAUGCCAAAAGGAAAUUAAAGGAAAAAUGAUCGUUGAACAAUCUGAAGUGCAGGAAAAUAAGGGAGAUUCAGGAGGUACUAGUGGGACGGACCUAGAACAUAUAGGCGAAGUGACCUUAGCUAGAACAAAUGGAGGAGGGGACAUAUAUCCUCGUCGAAUCGAAAUCCCGAUGUUUGGUGGAGACGAUCCCGUUGGAUGGAUAUUUAGAGCAGAAAAAUAUUUCUCUGUCAACCGGGUCAGGACGGAGGACAUGGUGAAGGCCGCAGGUGUUUGCAUGGAAGGAACCGCCCUAACGUGGUUACAAUGGGAGGAAGCUCGGGGAACCUUCAACAGUUGGGAGGCAUUUAAGGCAGCACUAGUGGAACGAUUUCGGGUUACACGAGAGGGGUCAGCUUAUGAAGAACUCUACUCACUCCGGCAAUGGGGCUCCGUCGCAGAUUACAGGUUCCAGUUUGAGAAAUUAACCGCAGCUCUGUUAGAUUUAUCUGAUGCGGCUCUGAAGGGCGCUUUCAUCAAUGGGCUGAGAGAUGAGAUUAGAGCAGAGAUCCGACUCAUGGAACCCGCCUCCUUGCGCCAGGCCAUGGGUGCAGCUCAGCGUAUCGAGGACCGCAACACCUUAUUGGGUCAAGUGAGAGAUUGGCGUCGAUCCAUGAAACCAAACCCAAAUCCAAACUAUUAUCUACCAGUGACUCCAGCAAGCAACCACAACAAUUUACUCCAGCCCAACCUACAGAAAAUCCCAUCCACCCAAUCCAUAUCUUUCACCAGACCCACCCACACAAAUACAUCUCGCCCUCCAACCACAGCAACAAGUGGACGACUUCCAGUCAGUGCAAGCAGCUCCAACACCAGCAUGAUCAGACCACCAGUGUCAAGAGCUCCAAACAACGCCAGUAGCAUGCGUCGCCUGCCUUUCCGUCGACUUACUGACGCCGAACAACAAGAAAAAUUUUUGAAGCGCCUUUGUUUUCGUUGUGAUGAACCGUUCGGGCCCAACCACCAAUGUCGCCAGAAAACGCUUCGAGUCCUGAUCGUGGGUGAUGAGAAUGAAGAUGGAGGCAUACCAGACUCUGGCGAAUUAAUGAUGACCCAAGCAGCAGCGGCAGAUCUUGAUGCAGUAGUCAUUCCAGAGGAACCCAUUGAACUGGCUGCUCAUUCAGUCGCCGGAAUCAGCCCUUAUCGCACAUUCAAGGUCGCUGGAGACAUUUCAGGACAUGAGGUGCUCAACAGUUGACUUCGUCUCCAGAAGGAUCCAGCUCCCGCAGAAGACAACUCAACAAGGUCAGGUACGCAACACAAACCAAACUCUCUGAGCAAGGCAAAUCUUACACUCUACAGAUUGGAGAGCCGAGGUCGACAACUAAUGUCUGAGCUUUUUGAGGUUGCUGGUUGCAAGAAUGAACUUGAAUUGGUGAGGUAUCUGCUAAAAGUAUGGAGGUGUACUGCAGAAAAUGAAUAUACACUGGAUGAAUGGUGCUGAGAAUGCCAAGGAAAUUAUAUCCGAGGUAACAAUGUUUCCUAGAUCUGCUAUUGAAUUAACAUUCAUUUAGCUUACUUUUAUCUGUUAUUAUUGAGAUAUGUAAAAAUAGGAAAACCAUAAUUAAAAGAAGGACUUUGACUAUUGUUGGAUUCAUGUCAUUUAUGUAUAUUGUGAAGCUUUAUAAUUGUAUAUCUUAUGUUGUGGACA